GGAGUGGAGGGUGUUCAGUUAUUAAUGACCGCUGAGCAGGCAGCACCAUGUCAGUGUGACAACUGAUCGGGUGAACGAUGCACCACUAACCACCAUGGAAACAAGGAGAAAGAAGAAGAAAAGCUAGCAAGCAUCCCUUCCCCCCCCCCGCUCUUUCCCUCUAGCUCUCUCUCUCUCUCUCUCUCUCUCGUCCUCUCUUCCCCCUCCUUCACUGGAUUGUGAGCUUCCGACAGCCAGCAACAGAGCUCUGGAAAAAGUAAAAGAUCGUAGCCUGCUGCACAGAGAUUCCCUCAUAUUACAGGAUAUAUCAAGACAACCGUAAGGUGCACUAUCUGUGCAUGCAUCAGCUUAGCUCACUAGCAUUAGCAUCACUAUGUGGUUACCUGCACGAAGGAAUCCAAAUAUGCAGGAGCAUUCCAGGACUGAAACUAUUCUUGCAGGGUUUCUUUUUGAAGACAAUAAAAACAGAAGACAACAACAUGGAAUCUGAAAUUAAUGCUACUAUAUAACUGGCCUACUUCCUUGUCUAUGGCAUUCUGGAUGGACCUCAUUUCAGACAGAUUUCAAUAUUUAUCGUUUUGAGAAGAACACUAUUAUUUCCCAAAUAUGCCUCUUCUAACGCGACAAAGUGAUUGCAAAGGUGCAACGUACUUCCAGCUACUAGUGGGGUUUUGUGCCUGUUCAUCAUCCAUCAUUUGACAAAUGCAAGGGACUGAUCUACCAAAUGAUCAACUUUUUCUGAACUUUAAAACUUUAAUUGUGCAGGGCCAAUUAUUUUUCAGAAAUACUGAGCUAAGAUGAAGGACAUGCCACUCAAAAUUCAGUUUUUACUUGGCCUAACUAUCAUUGCACUGGUACAAGCAGUAGGUAAAAAAGCAGACUGCCCACAGUCUUGUACAUGCGAGAUAAGACCGUGGUUCACUCCAAGAUCUAUAUACAUGGAAGUUUCAAUGGUAGAUUGCAAUGAUGUGGGCCUUUCUACUUUUCCAGCUCAAUUGCCUGCUGACACACAGGUUCUGCUUCUUCAAGCUAACAAUAUUCAAAAAAUUGAAUACGCAGCAGAAUUCCCAGUAAACCUUACUGGCCUGGAUUUAUCUCAGAACAGUUUAUCCUCAGUGGCCAAUAUUGAACUUUGGAAGAUACCCCAGCUUCUUUCAGUGUAUUUGGAGGAAAAUAAACUUACAGAGUUGCCUGAUAAAUGUCUCUCUGGGCUAAGCAACCUCCAAGAGCUCUACGUUAAUCAUAAUCUGCUUUCCACAAUUGCACCAGGAGCCUUCAUAGGUCUUGGUCGUCUCCUGAGACUUCAUCUCAAUUCAAAUAGUCUACAACUGAUCAACAGCAAGUGGUUUGAACCUAUUCCUAAUCUGGAGAUCCUGAUGAUUGGAGAAAACCCAAUAAUCAGAAUCGAAGAUAUGAAUUUUAAGCCUCUCAUCAGUUUGCGCAGCCUGGUUUUAGCAGGCAUAAAUCUCACAGAAAUACCAGAUAAUGCCUUGGCUGGCCUUGACAAUUUAGAAAGCAUCUCUUUUUAUGACAACAGAUUAGCUAAAGUGCCACAUACAGCUCUUCAAAAGGCUAAAAGCCUUAAAUUUUUGGAUCUAAACAAGAAUCCCAUUAACAGAAUAAAAAGAGGCGAUUUUAGCAAUAUGAUACACCUCAAAGAACUGGGAAUUAAUAACAUGCCUGAACUGAUAUCUAUAGAUAACCUGGCUGUUGACAAUUUGCCAGAUUUGAGAAAAAUAGAAGCCACCAAUAACCCCAGAUUAUCAUAUAUACAUCCAAAUGCAUUCUACCGACUUCCCCGGCUAGAAUCACUUAUGCUCAACAGUAAUGCACUCAGUGCCCUGUACCGCAGUACAAUUGAGUCUCUGCCUAAUCUCAAAGAAAUCAGCAUACAUAGCAACCCUAUCCGAUGUGAUUGUGUCAUCCGGUGGAUAAAUAUGAAUAAAACUAGCAUUAGAUUCAUGGAGCCAGAGUCAUUAUUUUGUGUGGAUCCUCCUGAAUUUCAAGGCCAGAAUGUGAGGAAAGUUCAUUUCAGGGAAAUGAUGGAAAUUUGCCUUCCCCUGAUUGCUCCAGAAAGCUUCCCCUCCAGACUAAAUUUAGAAGCAGGCAGCUAUGUUUCCUUACACUGCAGAGCAAUUGCUGAACCAGAACCGGAAGUAUACUGGAUAACUCCAUCAGGGCAUAAGCUAUUGCCGAACACUGUUUCUCUUAAAUACUAUGUACAUUCAGAAGGAACACUAGACAUUAGUGAUAUAACACAAGAAGAAAGUGGCCUAUACACAUGCAUAGCAACUAAUUUAGUGGGUGCAGAUUUAAAAUCCAUUGUGAUUAAUGUGGAUGAUUCUUUCCCCCAGGAUAAUCAUAAAGCUUUGUCUAUUGAAGUAGAAGAUGUGCGCCCUAGUUCCAUCCUACUGUCCUGGAAAGCAAACUCUAAAAUACUGAAAUCUGCCAUCCGAUGGAGUGCCAUUCCAAAAGAUGGAAACUCCCCGACCGCACAGAGUGCUCGGAUUCCAUCCCAUAUAAAGGUCUAUAACUUUACACAUCUUACCCCAUCAACAGAAUAUAAAGUUUGUAUGGACAUCCCUACAGUCCAGCUGCAAAAUGCAAGACAAUGCAUCAAUGUCACAACAAAUGGAUUGGAUCCAGCAAUGACAAAUUAUGAGAAAACCAACACCACUACAUUGCUUGCCUGCUUUGGUGCUCUUUUGGGAUUCUUUUGUGUGAUGUCUCUCUUCAGUUGCAUCUUCCACGAAAUGAACUGUGAUGCAGGACACAGCUAUUUCAGGAAUUACCUUAAAAAACAGACUUUUUCUUUUGGUGAGCUUUAUCCUCCUCUUAUCAGUCUUUGGGAUACUGACAGGGAGAAAAGCACAGCCCUUGAGAUCCAAGCAACGGUUAUAGGGGUCCCACCUAAUACAUCGUGAAAUGCCAAUAUGAAUAUACUUAGUGUUUCAAAAUGGGGCAACGCAAGACUGUAACUCUGCUCAAUAAAAAGGCAAAAAAGGUUACAAAAAAUCUGAACCUCA